CCCAUGCCCAGUUUCGUGUAUAAAACCCCGACAGUUGGUGCUGAUCGCGGCAUUCAACAUUCAAGAUGAGUCUCAGUGCUAAUGACAAGGAAGUAGUCAGGGCCUUCUGGGCCAAAGUGUCUAGCAAGGCUGAUGAUAUCGGCGGCGAUGCUCUGUCCAGGAUGGUUACGGUCUACCCGCAGACCAAGACCUACUUCGCCCACUGGAAGGACUUGAGGCCCGGCUCUGCCCCGGUGAUGAAGCACGGAAAGACUGUGAUGGGUGGAGUUGCUGAUGCUGUCAGCAAAAUCGACGAUCUGACUGGGGGUCUUCUGAGCCUUAGUGAGCUGCACGCCUUCACUCUGCGCGUGGAUCCUGCCAACUUCAAGAUUCUGGCCCACAACAUCCUUGUGGUCUUUGCGAUCAAGUUCCCCAAGGACUUCACCCCUGAGGUCCAUGUGUCCUUGGACAAGUUCUUGGCUGCCCUGGCCCGUGCCCUGGCUGAGAAAUACCGGUAAACUGCGCGCCAGAGGAGCGGAUGACAGACAGCAGCAUGGGCUUAUAAUCUCUCUGUUAGUCUGAAUUUCAAUAAAGAAUCAAAUGCAAAUAA